AUGUCUCCGCUCCGGCACUGUGUCAGCGAAGAUGGCAAAUUCGGUAUCCAUCCUCUCUACAAAAAGGGAAAUCCGGAUGAAUUUCGCAUACCCGAUUUCCCUGCUUUCGCUUUUGGCACUGUCGAAAAGAAUACCCUUUGGACUGCUUUUGAAGAACAAGGAGUACAUCGGCAGCUUAUCACUCUCCUUCGCCAAGUCUAUACAAGCGCAAAAGCUACCGUAAAGGUCGGUGAAGCUUUGUUUCCUAUAGGAGUUGAGAGAGGAGGGGACAAAGAAACCCAUCUUCAUCUAGACUGUUUAUCGCUACAUUUUAAGAGGUUUCUAAAAAAAUCAGCUGAAACAACUAUGGGUACUACAUAG